UCGUAGAAGAUGGAGAAAUGUUCACUGCCAUCUGAAUAUAGCAGAAAAUAAAAACAUCGACCCACUUCAAUCUACAUUCUUUACAGUCAUUUAGCAGUAUAUGCUACAACCGCUGCAUGGUAGUGGUGCAUAACGGGUCUGAUGGCUGUGGCAAAUGCGAAACAAACUGUUCUAAAUCCGGUGAUACCGUUCACUGGGGCCAUACCUGGGGGCCUGCACCCGGGGGAGAUCAUCAUUAUCCAGGGUACAGUUCACAAUGAUGCGGACAGGUUUCAGAUGGACCUGUCAUGUGGCACCAGCACUAAACCUCGUGCCGACAUCGCCUUGCACUUCAACCCCCGCUUUAAGGGCUCCCCGUGCGUGGUCUGUAACUCCCUGGUGCAGGAGAGUUGGGGGUGGGAACAGACCCUUCAGCUGCAGCCGUACAGACAGGGAGCUGCCUUUGAGACCAUCAUCCUGGUCCAUGACGACGUCUUUAAGGUGGCCGUGAAUGGCUCUCAUUUGUUAGAAUACAAGCACAGAAUCCCACUGGAAAGGAUUGACACAUUUUCUAUAUCUGGUAAAGUCAAGGUGCAUGCCAUUGGCUUUAUACCAAACUCAGCAAUAUAUUCAAUAUCAGGGGAAUCGGGCAACCUGAGUCUCCCAUACAAAGGCAGUCUGCUGAAGGGGAUGAGCCCAGGACAGCACAUCACCAUCAAGGGACAGGUCAGCAUGUACCCCCACAGCUUCACGGUGAACCUUCGCGACAGCAGCAGUGAGAACAUUGCUCUGCACCUGAACCCCCGGAUGAAGUCCGCCGUGUUCAUAAGGAACUCCUACCUGAGUGAGUCGUGGGGACCCGAGGAGAGGGAGCUCUCCUUUUUCCCCUUCUCCGCCGGCGACUACUUUGAGAUGCUGAUUCUCUGCCAGCCCCACCAGUUUAAGCUGGCUGUCAACGGCUCCCACCUGCUGGACUACAGGCACCGGGUGCAGGACCUGAGCACCAUCAAUCAGCUGGAGAUCAUGGGCGAUCUGGAGCUGAUGGAUGUCAAGCUGUGGUAAUCCCAAUACAAACCAUCUUCUAGGCUAAGCUUGGCCAGACCCAAGCUAAGCUCCAUUAUGGACGGCCUGGCCCCCCGUAACAACCCCCCCAACCCACCCUCAGCAAAGGCCAGUGCAUGAGCCGGCUGAUGUUGGACUGACCUGAUUACGGGUUCCAACGUCGUGAGAACUGUUUACAAAGACGGAAGCUUUGCCUCUGUCGGAAUGGAUCCACAGCUGUGCUCAAAUCAACUUGAAUUUAAAAUCCCCAGUAUUUAAAAAAAAAAAAAAACUUUCACAUGAAGAGCUUAUCCUUUUUAGUGAACUGAAAAGUCAUUAAAGAUAGGUGGCCCUUUUUUAAAUCAUUGAAGUUCAUUUUAAUUUCAUGAAUUGGCUCCACUUAAAGUUGAGCACAAGCCUUUGACCUAUUUGGUGCAGAGUGUAAAAGAAUGUUGAAUAAUGUGUAAACUAUGACAAGUAUUAUAGAACAAUUAGCCUUUUUUACACCUUGUUCUAACCUGCAGGAUUCGUAAUCUGACUACCAUUAUUCUAUCACUAUCGGAUCAAAGUCCCCUAUACAUGGUUUUAAAAUGUCUCUCAUCCAUGCAGUGGGCGGCUGGUGAUCUGAUUUCCUGGUACCUGUAUGUAUGCAAAUUAUAGGCAAUACUUUCAAAGUAAUAUUAACUAAUUUUUUGAAAAAUGUUAACUCCAUAAGUCAAUGUGAAUUAUAUACCCCAAAAGGUUGUGACACUAAAAUGUAAAGAAAAAUAGAAUGCAAUGAUGUGCAAAUCAUUUAAACAUUAUUUUUCAAUAGAAAAGACAACAUAUCAAAUGUUGAAACGGAUAAAUGUUAGGGUUUCUUGCCACAUGCCAGCAACACGUUUCAAAAAGGCUGAGACAGGGGCAACAAAAGACUGGAAAAGUUGUGUAAUGCAAAA